UGUACGGUGUUAUUUUGACAUGUGUAUAAAUACAGCUGUCAGAUCGACCGUGAUUCCCACUUUUUCAAACACAUAAAUCAACUCAUACAAAAUCCUAUCUUUCACAUAUACAUACACAUAUACAUAUACUCUCGAUGCUGUCUGUUCGAUUAAGUUUCAUCCCUUUUGCUGCUUCUACAAAAAACUCGAUGGACAUUGACCGUGCAUCUGACUUGACGGUAACACCUUUGGAUACGGACAACAUGGGGUACACCAAUUCUUGGUCUUGUCUCAGCAGGACCUCUGUAUUGACAGAUCACACUGAAACACCUGUGAAGCCACGAAAACAACACGGUUGGCAUAUCAAAUCCACUGAUAACAAAACACGUCCUCCUUUCCGAAGCCAAACUGCGACUGGGACCGGCAAUCUUCAUCUCGUUCCGCUUUUAUCCCGUAUGACUCGUUACUUUCGCAAGAGAGCCGCUCCAUCCGACCCUAUGCCUUCAAAGCGUCAACGAUUUUGUGAAUCCACACCCGUUUGGUUCUGUCAAUAUUCUGUGAUGCCCGUUCCAUCACGUGAACUCACCAUGGCCGUUUGUAUGCAACGCUGCUGAUUAUUGUCAAUCACCUUGUAUGUACGCGCGCACUAUGAUUUCCAGACUCUUUUCUUUUGUACAUUCUUCGCAUCUUCACAGUCUUUCUGUGAAGCCUACAAUGUCAUCCUUUUUUUUAUAUAUGACAGUGCUUGUGAAUA